AUGACGCCCUUCUCGUCCACUUCGUCCCUCUUCGCUUUCCCGACUGAGCUGGUGCAAGUCAUUACUUCAUAUGUCAGUUUCUUGGAUAUUGAGCGCUCCAUUGAUGCCUCCCCUUUACUCUUUUCUUUCUGGGCCAUCGGUGGCACCGAUCUUUGGGAGGCACGAUGUCGGCAUCUUGAAGAUGUCAAGCGAAAAUAUUUUGAGCAUGCGCGACGGCCCUUGUUGUGUAAAUGGGUUGGAUGUGACGUGUAUGGUGUGGAAAACUUCAAGGUGCCGAGGAGGUUUUGUGAACUGAGCCUGGCGGCUCUCGUGGAUCAAGUGGAGGCGAGCUUGGGAUACACAUGGGCGGAGAGUACCAUGGCCCAUGUGGAAGCUGUAUUGACAGCGGUGAAGGCAAUGGCCGGAGUAAAAGCACCAGGGUCAUUUCGAUUACCGCCAAUACCUACAGAUGUGACGACAACGAUCCUUCCAGUUUUGAGGACCAAAUCUCGGCAAAUCACCUCCAACCUCGCCGUUAUCCUUCAGUCAAACGAAGCCGCGCUUUACACCCUCAUCGCUGCAACACUCCUCUUACUUCCUGGCAGUGAAGUCCAAGACUACAUUGAGUGGGUUCAUGCCCAGACGGCUUCAGUUCUGCCAGUGGAUGUCCUUCGAUAUCUAGUUUCAGCUAUGGUAUACCUCCUUGAUCUACACAACUUGAGUUCAGUCGUACGGCAUAAGAGCGCAAGUCCCAUGUCGCGUAUGACGCAUGCCGCGUUGCAAAAUGUUGACUGGAGAAGUAAGCAAAGCUCGUCUCAGCCAAAUGGUCAUGGGCAGUGGACAGAAGAACAGCUGGCGGUGAUCAACCCCGAGCGGCCGUUAGGUAAUCUGACAAAGGUAUUCGCAUAUGCUGGGUCGGGAAAGACGACGACGUUGGUGGAAUUCGCAAAGGCGAGAAGCGCGGAUGAACGUAUUCUCUUCGUCGCUUUCAACAGAACGGUUGCAGAGCAUAUUCUCACUAAACUCAGUCGAGGGACUCAAGAUUCACGAACAGUCAACUCACUCGCACAUGCGGCCAUUGUGGCUCAAGAUCCUCGAGCUCGUGCUAAGGCAUACGCUGCGACACGUUCCUCUUCGCAAAGCUCGCAAAGGCAAUCUUCAAGCAAGGAGCGACCGCGCGAGCUCACUCAGUCAGAGGUAAUCAGACUUCUUCAGAUACCCGAUAGGGCCGGUGGAAGCGGUCAAAUGACAGGAUACGGCAAAGCUGGUCGUAUACUGAAGUGUUUGAACAAAUUCCUGGCAUCCGCUGAUCCCACUUUGACGGAGGAACACCUUCCAUACCAGGAUCCGGAAAAGACGAAGAGCAUGGACCCUGGGGAGCUCUUCAGCUAUGCUACAAAAUUGUGGAGACUCGUAUCUGACAUGAAUGAGCCGGAUGCACCUCUUAACUAUGCAGCGCAAGUCAAACUGUGGCAAUUGUCUGGUAAGGGAAUAUGGGCACGGAAUGGUGAGCUUGACUUCGACUAUAUCUUGUGGGACGAGGCUCAGGAUGCUACGGAAUGUGAGCUGGACGUGCUGCGGAGGCUGAAGAGCAAAGUUGUCUUGGUGGGCGACGUUCAUCAAUUGAUUUACGUCUGGCGCGGAGCCAAGAGUACGUGGGAGUCACUGCAAGCGAGCAACAUAUUCCGUCUCAGUCAGAGUUUCCGAUUUGGAAGGAAUAUUGCGAACGCAUCGAAUUUACUCUUGCAGCUGAAGGGGGAAACUAUACCCGUGAAGGGCACUGAUAUUGCGGAUCAUGUAUACCGAAAGUUCCCUGGGUGGGCUACCGAUGCGGAACAGCUAGAUUACGUGAUCCACCACACGGUCAUCUUCCGGAGUAACAAGGAGUUGGUGGAGAAGGUGCUUCGACUCGCCACGCUCCCCGCCAUGCCCAGAGUACAUAUCAACGUUGAAGAGUAUCAAUCGAGAAAUUACUUAUCGAUCUACCGGGAUGCCUACCAUCUCUACCACAAGAGACCCCAUAUGGUCACACACUGGAAGCUCAAGAAGUUUGCGACAUGGGAUCAGCUGGAAUCUUAUGUCGAAGAGCAGGAUGAUGAAGUUGAUAUGGCUCUCCUCUCUCUCGUUGCGAUGGUCCCUACUUUUGAGCAACCCGGAUUCUUGGAGGCUGUCGACCGAGCGCAGGAGAACUGCGUUACAUCGCCGGAAGAGUCGGAUGUUAUCCUGACUACUACCCACCGUGCAAAGGGACUUGAAUGGCCACGUGUUGUCGUUGGAGAUGAUUACUGGGAUGCAUUCGAUAAGCGAUAUCAAAUUGGCACGGGCUUGUGGCAAGCUGAGAACCUGAAUUUGUUGAAUGUUGCAUGUACGCGAGCUCAGAGAGAGUUGAUAUUGAAUGAUACGAUGUUGGGAUUGUUGGUACGACGGCAGGGUUUACACAGGUUUUUCUUCAGGGCGCUACUGAUGGCUUUGCCUUGCCCAAGGUGCAACAUGCCCAGCAGCCGUACAAUAUCGUACAUUCCGUCUGCGUCAGCGAUGUCCUUCGAGUUGUGUUUGCCUGCGCCAACGCCGUACACUAUUCCACUUGGCGUCACGGAGUACCUCUGUUGCCUUGACUGCGCGUCGCAGGCAGAGUACCUUCCGUUGAAGGAGUAUGCAACAUGGUGUCGGCAAGUCUUAGAGAAACGAACCGGUGCAACAUUAAGAAAGAGUGUGACAGACUUGGAUGAGCAGUCACCAUUUUUGAAUAUUGAUCUUAAGACUUUGGAGAUCGCCGAGAAAGAGAAUGUUGAGAAGGAAAUAUGUAUUCAGUACUUCUGGUAUGGACCGAAGGAAGACAAUGAUGAGCAGAAGAAACCUGAGGAGGAUAGUGACGAUGAACUCAUGGUUUUGGAGGGCGGUAGUUGGCGAAGACUGUAG